CGGCGUUUCUCUGCCAGGGAGGGGGAGUGGCGAAGGCCGUGCGUGGUACGUGCCCCACUCCUCCCCGCCCGAAGCCCGGAUGAAGAGUAACGCCAUUACCGCCGGAGCCGCCGAGAGUCGUUGCGGACGGGGACUGGACGCCGGAGCGGCCGCGCCAUGAAGCCCUUCUCCCGCCUGCUGCUGCUUCUCCUGCUGGUGUUACCCGCCACUCUUUUGCUCCGAGGCCGCCCUGGAGGCUCAUUGGCAGCGGCUCAAGAUCUUACAGAAGAUGAAGAAACGGUGGAAGAUUCUGUAAUUGAAGAUGAAGAUGAUGAAGCAGAAGUGGAAGAAGAUGAACCCACAGAUUUGGCUGAAGAUAAAGAGGAAGAAGAUGUAUCUGGUGAACCUGAAGCUUCACCAAGUGCAGAUACAACCAUCCUGUUUGUGAAAGGAGAAGAUUUUCCAGCAAAUAACAUUGUGAAGUUCCUGGUAGGCUUUACCAACAAGGGCACAGAAGAUUUUGUCGUUGAAUCUCUAGAUGCCUCGUUCCGUUAUCCUCAGGACUACCAGUUUUACAUCCAGAAUUUCACGGCUCUUCCUCUGAACACUGUAGUGCCGCCCCAGAGACAGGCAACUUUUGAGUACUCCUUCAUUCCCGCAGAGCCCAUGGGUGGCCGGCCCUUUGGUCUAGUCAUCAAUCUGAACUACAAAGAUUUGAACGGCAAUGUUUUCCAAGAUGCUGUCUUCAAUCAAACAGUUACAGUUAUUGAGAGAGAAGAUGGGCUAGAUGGAGAAACAAUCUUUAUGUAUAUGUUCCUUGCUGGUCUUGGGCUUUUGGUGGUGGUUGGCCUUCAUCAACUCCUAGAAUCUAGAAAGCGCAAGAGACCCAUACAGAAGGUAGAGACGGGUACCUCGAGUCAGAGUGAUGUUGACAUGAGCUGGAUUCCUCAGGAAACUUUGAAUCAGAUCAAUAAAGCUUCACCCAGAAGGCUGCCCCGGAAACGGGCACAGAAGAGAUCGGUGGGAUCUGAUGAGUAAAUGUUCUUUGUGCAACAAUUCGGUCUUUACUUAACCCACCCUAAUGUUUUUCGGCCUGAUGGGAAUUAGUGCAGAGAAGCCAUAUCACCGUAGGAGGCAACUACUACUUAUGUGUGGACUGAGCAAUCAGAGUCUGUGGCGGUAACAUUGCUGAAAAUGCACUGCAUUUAUUUUUCUAAAGUAACAAAUUUGGUUUUUUUAAAACCAUUAAAAUCUGUGUGAGUGUGUGUGUAUGUAUGUGAGCAGUUGGUCUUACCAGAAUCAUUGUUGAACUAUCUGAAGCAUGCCUUUAGAAUACUAACUAUAAUGCUAUUGUCUCUUCCUUUUGGACAUUUUCUGGCAUUUCCCCCCAAAACUCAGCAUUUGCCCAGUAUGACUGUAGACGUCCUGCCCUGGACUGUUUUUAAAGAAAACAGUGUUUCUCCUUUAGAAAAGCGCAAGUCCCGCUUGAUGGCGCAAAUCCGCAUGUUGUCGCUGUUCUACAGCUAGUGUUCUAAAGGCGCGAGCCGGCCAGCUGCUUUUUAGCCGUAGAACUGUUGGUAUUUUGCUGCUGUUUACUGUAAUGCGCACCUUCCGAAACCUGCCCAAAUAAGGUCAAGGAAUUUGGGGAUCUCUAGCACCAAAAUUGUGAAACAUGAAAAUUCUGGUUUUGAUAUAUAAAACCAACUUCACUCUCUUUUUUUAUAAGAAAAAAGGUAACAUAUGUGGAAACUGAGUUGUCCACUGUUCUAUUUCUGACCCAAGAGAUAAAGCUCUGGGAUUUUUAGACCACUCUGUUUGUUUUUUUAAGAGAGCAUUUUUCUCUCCUUAAUAGAAGCAUCUUGCUUUAGAAGAGUUGCCUUGGUCUACAGACUAAGCAAACUUCCAACUAAUCCUAAACCUGUUAAAGAGUUCGAUAACUUUUAAUGGUUAACAGUUGUUAACCGAUUGUUUUUUAUCUAAUCUUUGGGGUAUUUUGGUUGUUUUUUUUUUUUUCAA